AUGAGGGCCCUGGAAGACACGGACAGUAAGAAGAUGGUUAGAGUCUAGCCUAUAUAAAGGCUAGUGUUGAUCUACUGAAAUCUAUUUCUAAGAUGCGGAGCAAACGAAGCUUACUGUUGUGAAGUGACCCUUAGCAACAAGAGAAAGAGAAAACUCAUGUAAACAGGAAACGAAGCGUCCGAUUACCUGCGUGUGCAAGGCGUCCUGUAUUACCUGUCAGAUGGGUGAAAUAUAGGUGCAGGGGUAGUCAGCGCAUUCAUGGUAUAUAGGGUAGGCUAUAAAUUGAAUAAAUAAACAUGCAAUAACAGCAAACAUUCGUAUCCUUAUUGUUUCAUAUCCACUUCCUUGAAAUACAAUAUUUCGUAAUAACUGAGAAUGUUCUUGAAAUAUGCAAUUAGAAGUUACUCAACUGCUUAUUUGUAUAAAUUAAUUUAGUCGAAUAUACAAAUCGAACAUUUAUUCAAGUUAUUCAGUCCGUUCUCAUGUAACCUAGUUUAUGAAGGCCAGGUUUUCUGAGAUGGAGCAUUAUAACUUUUUAAACACUCAGUUGAGUGUCAGUAUAGAACCUAGGCUUAUAUGUCGAAAUAUCAUUUUAUUUUGUAUCUCGAUUUUAGAAAUAUUAAGGAUUAUAAGGAUUAUACACAACAACAUUUAAAUAAAAGUGUGUUAGUAGCCUAUAUGGAAUAAGUAAUAGUAAGACACAACUCUGACCCAACUCAGACAGCAACUUCAGAUGUGUUCUGUAGGCUUCUGCUCACCAUCCAUAUACACCUAUUUGUUUUUGUUUGUGUAUUUAUAAGUCAAUGCCUAUACAUAUCAAAUCAAACGAUUAGUUGGCCUUGCUUUGGAGUCCAUUUCAUGAUGUGCAACUAUUACUAUUUAUUUGGUUGGUGAAUUAAGACAGCCACACACGUUAGGCUAUCCAUUUGAACUGAGGGAAUAGUCCCGUGUACCUCAGUUGGUAGAGCAUGGCGCUUGCAACGCCAGGGUUGUGGGUUCGUUUUCCACGGGGGACCAGUAUGAAAAAAUGUAUGCACUCACUAACUGUAAGUCGCUCUGGAUAAGAGCGUCUGCUAAAUGACUAAAAUGUAAAUAUCAAUAUGUAGGCUACCAAUUUCACUUUCAUACCACAUUCAUUCCUCACUGACAAUAUAGGCAAACAAAAUCCAAACACUUGUGCCACUGCCUAUUAUUAUAUUGGGGAUUAUUGCAUUGGUGAUGUAUCCUGUAGCGUAGUUCAUUGUUAUGAUUCAUAAUCACAAUAUUAAUAUAAUAUUACUUACUUAUAUGUAAUUUACCAUUCCAUGGUAGUGCAAUUCAUAAUUGCAAUUCAUGGUGGUAGGUUAACUCUGACUGUAGUUCCGGAAGAGAGGGGGUUGCCUUGCUGCACGAGCACAAACUUUCAGACCAAUAGGAAAGUUUCUCUCUAUAAACUCAAACUUCCAUUGGUGGACCUAGCCUCGCGGAGAAUACUUUUUUUGGAAGUCCGGCCCAUGAUUUGUCUGGAUUGAAAUGUAAGCCUGUCUCCGCUGCCAUCAGGAAACACAUCGCGGAUUUGUCCUUCUCGCUACUAUCGUUAGUUCGGUUAAUGCAGUGCCGGUGGCCGGAGGAGAGCGAGGAUUUGUGCUACCCUAGACAGGUUUCCAGACACCAGCGAAACUGGACUCGGAACUGGACGGAAGGCGUAACUCCGAGAUCCCAAUAAUAAUUUGUGGACUAAACGCAAUGGGUAAGUUUAUAUGGAAAUAUUGUGUGGCCGAUGAUGGAGUUAGUCUAUAACAGGCACUCGACCCGGAUAUUCCUACCUCUUUCAAGGAACGAAUUAUACCUACAUUCUAAUGAAUCAAUGAUGAUUGUAGGCCUAUGGCUUGUAUGGCGAUUGUAUGGAACAGUUUUGAGCCUCAGUUGGUUUUUAUAAUGGGAUUUCUCCAGUGACCAGUAUUAGUAGCCAAUUAGUAAAUCUAUAGCAUAGCUACGCGUAAAACAUGUUUUACUGCAAAUAUAUAUUGAAAUUAAAAUACAACGGUAUAACAAUGUAGCAGUAUGUUAUGCACAAACUGAAAAAGUGAGGGGUUUUUAUUUGCAGGGGUUAGGCUAAUGGUGGGACAUGUUUUUAUUUUUUAUCACACGCUUACUGAUUUGAUUUUUACGCAUCUGUUUUGAGUUCAUUAUAAAUUCUAUAUAUAUCCCAAUACAUGUAAUUCCAUAUGCUGUAAAUAAGCAUUUAAUUCGUCCUAAACGGGUUGAAAACGACGUUGCAGACCGCAGUAUGUCGACGAAGGACUCAGGAAGGGGAGGCAUGAUUAACAACACUAGUCCUAAAGGGCCUUGUUGUGAUUGCAGGCUACUAUGGCUACAAGUCGUCUAAUUUAAGAUUUGUGUUUCAUUGUGUUGCCUCUGUAUAUGUUUCCAUGACACCAGAGCCAGCCUUUGGAGAGGUGAACCAGCUCGGCGGUGUUUUUGUCAACGGCAGACCGCUACCCAACGCAAUCCGGCUGCGGAUUGUAGAGCUCGCCCAGCUGGGCAUCAGGCCUUGCGACAUCAGCAGACAGCUCCGGGUCUCCCACGGCUGCGUCAGCAAGAUACUGGCCCGGUACAACGAGACCGGCUCUAUACUCCCGGGAGCGAUCGGGGGCAGCAAACCACGGGUCACCACGCCUACAGUAGUCAAGCACAUACGGACAUACAAGCAGAGGGACCCGGGUAUCUUCGCUUGGGAGAUCCGGGACAGGCUACUGGCUGACGGAGUUUGUGACAAGUUCAAUCUACCAUCUGUGAGCUCCAUCAGUAGGAUCCUCCGCAACAAGAUUGGGAAUCUGUCCCAGCAGAGUCAGUAUGAGUCCAGCAAGCAGUCGUCUCACCCACCACCACAACCAACGCUACCAUACAACCACAUAUACUCCUAUCCGACCCCCAUCGGAGCCUCUGGGACCAAAGUACCAACUCCCCCGGGCAUGCCUACCCUACCCGGACACAUGGCUAUGCACAGGAUAUGGCCCUCCUCCCACUCGGUAACAGAUAUUCUGGGGAUUCGGUCGAUAACAGAGCAACAAAGUAAGCAUGAUUUUUACUUUGGUACACGGGCAAACCAAUUGCUUUAGUAAAUGGUUCAAAUUAAUAGGAAAACGCAUGUGUCAGGGUCUCUGUGUGUGUGUGUUCGUGUGUAGAAGGCAUAGUGGCAAGAUGUGUAACUUUAUUAAUUUGGAGUUAUGCAGUUUAAAGAAAUAUGACCAAUGCACAUACCGGUCUGUAUAUGCACUAUAUUACUUACUAAUAACAGAUAAAAGAGUGACUAUUCUGGAACGAAAUGCAAAAAUAAAUUGGCUAAGUUAAUUAUGUGUUCUUUUGCCAGUAUUGGUGAGUGCAUACAUGAGUAACGUUUAGUUCCUAGUUCAAAGGUUGCAUUAAAACAGAUGGUUAAAGGAAGGCUUGCACUAAUAAUUAAGGGGCGGAUGUGGAAUAUUAGUGGGAUAACGAAGGGAAGGCGCAGCGGUGCACGAGGAGAUGAACUCAAAUCAAAAUGAGGUGUUCAAAGCUUUGCCAUGCCAUGUCUUACAGCCAGACAUUUUGUUCUUGAAUACCUUGCUUCAAAAUACCCUCCCCUGAAAUGCAGUUUCACAUCCUUUCACCAGGCUGAUCCAAUAGGCUACACGGGGCUACAUUGAACUAGGCUACUAGACCUGUGUUGUUCCCUAAAGGCCCUAUCCACGUUUAGAGAACUUGUUUUUGUUCCUUACAGUCAUGUUUGGACAGUUCGUUUUCACUAGUGUGCUACCACAAAUACAAGUCUGUUUUGGAAACAUUCUAAAGCAAAUCUGACCUCCAUCAGUCAUGAUACAUUACAGUUGUUGUGAAUACAAUUUUUAGUGACAACGUUUCUUGUGUUAGCAAAGAGAGUGUUAGAUGUCAGUCGACCACCUAUGAGCUUGUCAUAACCGUGCUUCUGUCAGAAGUUAGAACGGCCUCAGGCCUCACCGCCUUGUGGAUAUAAACAUGCCCUUCUCCUUAGUGCUUGUAUAGUCCUCAUUAGAUCCAUGAGGCCUCGGCCAUUCCAUGUAUUAACUUAACUCAGACAAUCUAAACAACAAGGCUUCGCUCCUCAAAUGCAGCGCAGAUCUUCAAGCCGAACAAGAAAUCCCGGGGAGGAAUGUGUUCUCAAAGGAUGCCUUUAUAAACAAUUUAUGCAUUUCCAAAUUAUUAGCAGAUGUUUGCGGCAGGUUUUGAAAGCCGAAAUAAGUAUAAUGUACACUGAAUGACGUGAGGCCUUUUAGCGCCACAAUCACUUCGCCAGCCUCGAGACUCUGGUUUUCAUAAAAAAAAAUACCUUACUAUGGUAUAGAACUGCUAUUGGGUUUACACUACAACAGUGGAUGAAUACAGUAGACCUAUUCUAAGAAUAAGAGCGUUGAAAAAUAUCACUAAAACGCAUAUGGCGAGUAUCGGCCUCAUGCCUAGAACUACAGGCCUAUGCAUAAAGAUGCGUAAAUCAUCAUAUUUGCAUUUCAAUUAUGGCGAUAUUUCGAAAGGCGUUGGUCAUCAAAUGGCACUCUCUCUCUCUCACACACACACCUUUCGCAUUGCACUGCACUAUUUUAUAGGUCAGGCCUACCGUGCCAUCAAGAAAGGAAAAUAAAGUACCAUGUAUAUUCCUGCCUUGAAUUAACCUAAAACAGCUUUAUGUCAGUGAAGGAUUAUUUAGGAAAUAGCAAGAGACCCAAACAUUUUAGACCUACAAAAAUAGUUUAACACGUCUAUGCACAAAAUACUCAACUCCAAGUGAAUCCUGCUUUGUUGAAAGAAAGAAAAGGGGUUGAGGAAAAAAAUAAUCGACUCAAUGGUCUUCUCAAGUUACAACACUGGUGGGCUUGCUUUUCGAAUUCUAAAUGUCAGGAACCGUGUAUAAUAUAAUAUCCAUCAUGUACAAAGGGGAAACGGUUAGAGUACAUCUAAUUUGUCCCCACAGAAAGAUGGGUUUGGUUAAAUGUUACUGACCAUUACACGGAAGAAUCAUCUUGCAUUCCUUUUAGCAAUGAGCUGUCCCGGUUUGAUCAGUAGGCCAAGGGUAGGGCAAAGACACACACACACACACACACACACACACACACACACACACACACGGGUUCUGGGGUAUUAUUUCAGAUCCGACCAUGUAAACAGAUAAAUUACUAGGCGCCCUCUGGACAAAAUAAGUAGGCCUAGGCUUAAUUCAUAUUUGAGAUGCAGAAAAGCUUUUUAAGUAUAGGAAUGCCCAUGCAUAAAAUCGCAAAUGAUGAUCGUUGCUAUUUCAAGUAUUUUUCGUGUCUUUGCAGGAUAACUUUUUGUUGGGGGUUUUGCUAAAAAGGUGUAGGGGGUGAGGUGAUAUGAAUGCCUAGAAUGGUAGAUGGGAGUGGUGGCGUGAACUCUCUUCGGUUCAUCUCCUCUGACUUCCCUCUCCUCUGUCUCUGUCUGUUUUGCCCCAUGCAGUUAGUGACAGUUCGUCCUUUCCCAGUGCCAAACUAGAAGAAUGGAGCGUUAUAAACAGGACACAUUUUCCGCCGUCAGCAAGCUCCCCACUAGUCAAUGGCGUGCUGGAUAAACCACCGCAUUCUAUAGAACCUGAAGCAAAAUACACACAGGUAAAAGGAAACACCUCCUUGAUCUAUAAAAUGUCACCCUCACCCAUCUCUAACCUGAUGUGUGUUAAUCUCAACAAAGGUGUAGUAUAAUAUGAUGACCUUAAAUUUUUGUCCCACACUUAAUGUAUAAUCAGCAUACAAGCCGAGUAUGCUUUCUCGGUGCUUUCAGUCAUAUUCACACGCUCUCUCCGCUGGGUGUGGGCGGUAUGCCUCUAAACAAGGCACCACACAGCAGUGUUUGGGCUUAGGCUAUGGGUUGUUCUUCUGGCUACAUUAGGCCUACUGUGCUAUUACAUUGCUAUUACGUGUUGUAGUUUUGUAACCAUCAUCGGCAUAUGCUUGAUUUAGUUCUGUGACAAAUUAACUAUAUACCUGGGACCCCAUGACCCAUCAAUUUCCUUGCAUGUGAUAGCAUGUUGACAACUUGCCAUGUACUGAGAAGCUUAAUGGCUGUCAUUAGCGUAGCACGCCAAAUGUAGAUUUAAAUAGAACAGCUUUUGUCGAUAUAGCCAAACCUUGUAGAUAUAGACAUAAAGGCAUAAUAGUUUUGGGAAAUGUAAUUAUUUUUUUAAAUUUUUUUUGAAAAUCGGUGUAUUUUUUAACUUUGUAUUUUGCAGCCACUUGUCUUUGUCUUACAAGGUUUAGACUUUAGGGAUAUGAACGAAGAAAAAAACACAUUUUAUAUAGACUUCUCAAGUCCUCAUAUUUUCCCAUACAUGGCCCGAGGAAUCAGGUGGUUGAUUUAUGUCAUUGGAGACGUUUCUACCGUUAUUUUUUUUUGCGAGAAGAGAAAAUCCAUAGGCACGAAACAGAGAGACAGACCGACUCAUAAGUUAAUAAUAAAAGUCUAGCUAUUGGAGAAAGAUUAUAUACAUGUUUAAAUUUAAAUUUGAGUGUUAUGGUUGUAUAUUUUAUGCUUCCAAGGAUCAUUAAGAUUUCCUAAUUGCAUUACAUUUCCAUAUUGUCUUAGCCAAUGUGCUAAAAUAACUAAUAUUAGGCCUAAUGUAAAUGAAUAAUAAGACUUAAGUUUAAAUAAUUAAAACGUAAUGACACAUUUAUAUAUUUUGGCCAGUAGACUAGGCUAUAUUUAGGCCUAUCUUAACACUUAACCCCCAAUAAUAAUUUGCACGCUGAUCUAAUAGAAGCUGAAAGGCAUUGCUGAAAUUGUGAGUACAUUCCAUCGAAGCUUAUCCCACUAAUAGGCCUAUAGUCUAAAAACAUAUUAUAUUUUAGUGUGUAUGAACUUUGUUUAAUUCCAAAGGUUUAAUGAAAAACGUCUCACUAGACUCGGUGUAGUCUUGUGUUAGAAAAUAUGGUGCAUUUUAUGUUGCAAAAUAAUAUAUAGACUGCAAACGGUACAAACAACGUGUGAGGUGGAGGCACGAGGGAGAGGACAGGGAGUGUGAGCGAGAGCGUGCAUGAGUGAUAUAGUAUGUGUGAGAAAGUGAAAGGGGGAGGCAUGCAUAGUUGGUAUGAUAUAUCGUCGGAGCCACGCGAUUUAACUCCUUGUGUAAGAUAAGCCAAAACUAAUUCCGGAGUAUUGACGCCUUUUCAUAUUGUAGGCCUAAAUGUGAAUAAAUUAAGUAGGCCUAGGUGUUAAACACUCAGCAUUGAAAACUAAAAGACAUGCGAGUUAUGCAUAGAAACCUCAAUUUAUUCAAUAGACUACCGUUAGAUGCAUCAAUGGAGACAAAUGAUGCAGAAUAACACACGCGGCGCCGGUGAUAUAACUCGCUGGGAUAAAAAAUAUAAAGUAAAAAACGUUGCCUAAUGCCUAUAUGAACAGUAGGCCUAUAAAUAGCAUAAUCAGCCAUAGGUCAAUUGUGUAUUUUUACUUUAUUUAGGCCUACGUACUUUAUAUUUUGUGAUUUUGUAUGUCAAAGUCAAAUACUUAAUAUUCGAUCAAUUUUCAACUAUUUUGAUUGUAAUUUGUAAGGUUUUAAUCUAUUCAAACGCCCCAUUUCAAAGUAUGUCUUUCGCUGCGUGCCACAGGCUGCUAUAUGCCUAUAAUUGUCAAUUGAACUUUAUUUGUAGAUGAUAAAUUGCUGAUGUACUAAAUCCUUUCAAAAUGGUGCAUAGGCUAUCCUAUAGGCCCAUAUUUCAAAGCACUGCAGUCUGCACGCACUUUGAACACACAACUCGUCCGCCCUCACCCUAUACACACCCACAGUCACUCCCUCCUUAUAAUAUAACUCGAGUAGUCUUGUGGCGACUGAAGUAAGGAGUGGGGACUUUCAAAAAGCUGAAGGUCAAUUGCUAUAUAUUGAUUAUUUACAAAUUCAAUGACUUUGCUAAAAUAGUGUCAGCGAACAGCGCAUGUAGUAGUUUAUGCAGCGGCAACAGCGCAGCUAUUUACUGAUUGGAAUGAAAAAUAAAAAAUCCAACACACACUUAAGCAUAAAAAAUACAAUAAUAAUAAUCUAGAUGUAGCCUAGCCUGAAAUAAAAUAAAUACAUCUUAUCUUUGGGUUCAAUAGGCCUACAGUAGGCCUACAUGUAGUGCCUGAUGUUCUCUUAACUGUACUUGAGGAGUCCCAGUCCUGCGCCCACGGGGCUGAGGGUAGGCUAUCAUGUCACUCUCUGGAAGAAGAAUUGGAUCAUUACAUUUCGAUUUAAGGUAAUGACACGCACAUACAUAAACAGUGCCCGCGGCUCGGAUGUGAUUUUUAAAUGCCUUUCUUCCGCUCCGGUACUCUAGAGUCUAUGGAAUUGUUUUUUUUUAUCAGACAUAACAUAACAUAGACCAUUAGGUUUCAUGCUAAUGACCAAUCACUGGUUUUAACUGACAUUUUCGAUACGACAGCAUUUUUCCUAUAGUUAGGCUAUUAUUUAUUAUUACCGCAUUUAAUGCAUUUCAAGGCUACUGUAGGCUAGCCUAAAUACCUCGAGAUAUUGGAUUCUAAUAAAUAUGAGAACAUAUUUCUUAUUAGGCUAAAGACUGCCUUGUGCAGCGUUUUCUUAUAUCAAUGAUAGUGUAUUCAGUGGCUGCCCAUUCAAUUGUAAUUUGAAUUGCUUGUAACCGUCAAUAUCGUGAUUAUUCUCAGAUCAGUCAUCGUGUGCGUUAGAUGUUUGUGCGGUAGAUAAAAUACACAGCAUGGAAACGAUAACCAAAAAUAAUGCGAAUUAUGUAACGAAAUAAAAAACUACAAUUUAAUUGGUAAGCCUGUCUUUUCCGUUUGCCAGAAUUGACUGUAUAAUCGAUAGACGUUAAUAGAGCUCUCGCGCACAACAGGCAAGCCAAGGACUGUCGUUUUUUAAAAGUAUGACUUAACAUUUAAUAUUGACAAAUAAAGGAGGAAAACAAACAAAAAGUAGGCCUAUACGAAAAGCAAGUCGUGUAGAAUAUCAGGAUUUGAUCGACUGAAUUUAGCCUAUUCCAAUAAACCUGUAUGUGUGUGAUGUGUGUAUCAAAUUAAUAUAAGGCAACAUGUGCUAGGCUGGGCUUCUUCCUGAACAAUUUUUAGUUUUCACAAAUUCAAAUAUCUUGAAAAAACUAAACAUAAAUUAAAAGCAGUAGGCCUAUGGAAAUACUCGGUAGAAUAAUUAGAUAAAUUAACCCCAAACUAAAAUGCCAUUAUGUAAGUUGGCAAAUAGCAUCUUUCUUAGUGAAAUAUAAAAUAUCACUUAAAUAUAUAGGCUCCUUAAAAACUGAAAGCAAUCAGAAUUUGAGUAUUGCACGUGCCCCGUCAUGGCCGUGGAUUUCAGUCGAAAGAAAAAAACUAUAGGCAAUGGGUGUUUAAGUUGAGGAAAUCCUGGGCCAUUAGACAGGAACGAGAAGUAUCUCCUCUCUUCUGCAGAAACCAUUUUUAUUCUCACUAGUCAUAGAAUAGACCACCCAUGCAUAUAAUAUCUGACACAUAAUGUUGAAACAAUUGUGUGUCCAUUCUCCAAGUUAUGUUUUGUAAUGGUGCCAAAAGUUACUGUACUUUUCUUUCCCCAUUCCCUUCAUCAUUUCUGUCAUUCCACAUCUCCUCCCGCUCAAUAAACCCUCAACUUCUCCUAGCCCCUAUUGUAUUCAGCCCCCAUUCACACUCUUCUCCCAUCUUACCUGAUGUAUACCUCACCUCUGUACCCUUCACCCACAUUCUAACUCAACCCUAACCUACUCCCACUUCUCCAUCUCGCGCUCCUUUUCCUCGUCCCACUCCACUUCCCUCACUGCCGUCCUAUACCACAUGUUCCUUGGGCCUCUCCUCCUCCCCAUGUCUCACCUUCUCUCUCUACCUCUGUCUAACUUUGUGUUUCUCUCCUCUCUCUCCCCCUCUAACAGACAACGAGUGGCCUGCCCAUGAACAGUGAACAGUUGUCUCUAUACCUACCGCUCUACCUAUGUCUCACCCACAGAACUGGAAUGACAUUCUAUUUCUAUAGUUUCACCAUCCUCUCUCUCUCCUCUCCCUGACAGAUGCAGAGUGGCUUGCCCACAGUGAACAGUUAUGUCACAGCGCCCAGCAUCCCAGCCUACCCCCCUCCCACCCCAGUGUCGCCCUACAUGGGGUACAGCGCCACCACGUCGGCCUAUGUGACCGGUCCCACAUGGCAGCCGCACAGUGGCAGUGCUCGCUCUCACCACAGCUGUGACAACGUCGCCGCUCCGCUGGCCUUCAAGGGUUUGACAGCCCACCACCGUGACGCCAUCCACCCCAAUGCCCACGCCAUCACCGCCUCAGCACUGUAGAACACAGACAGACGGGCGGUCGGACGGAGAGACAGAGGGAGAGGGAAGAAGAGGGGGAGCAGGACAGACGGACGGGCGGAUGGAGAUAAAAGAGGAGGGAGGAAGGAAGGAAGGAAGGAAGGAAGGAAGGAAGGAAGGAAGGAAGGAAGGAAGGAAGGAAGGAAGGAGAAGGACAGA